AUGGAUCGGGCGGAGCACGUCGCGAGCAAGAUGCUUCGCGCCAGGAUCGACCAGAGCCAUGGUGCCACCCUCGCCUCCGAUGGUGACCACGGCGGAUGUAUAAUGGCGAGGGCGCGCGCGCAGUACUUGGGAAUCCUCUUGGGUAACGGAUCCCACUGUGGCGGCUCCACAGACACCUGGCGGCUGGUCCAGGUUUCGGUGUCGAGUGGUACAGUUGGAGCUCAUUACGCGUCGUCGCAGCCUAUAUCCAUCAGCGGCGCGCGAUGGUGUAAUGGCCGUCCGGAUGAGGGAGGAGGCCGACGUCAUCCCUGUGGAAGACGGGGGUGGGGGGCUCUCCAGCAGAUCAAGCGUCGGGUAGGCGGAGGCGCGGUAGACGUAGUAGUCGUGGGAGUGCUUGAGAUGGAUGUGGCCGUCUGUGCGCCCCACGUUGACGCGGAGAAGGGGGAGGCGGUCCACCGAGCAGAGGAUGAUCGGGCCCACGAAUGGAUUCAGAUCGUCGGAGGCCAUGUACAAAAUGGAGGGCUGCGGUGGGUGUUUCAGCAGAAAGGAUACCUCGAUGAGCACCCUGUUGCUGUUGAAGGCUGUGGCGGUGGUGCGGUUCCGGUGGAUGCCAACGACGGCGUCGACGUUGAGUAG